CUCAUUACCAGACUGUGCGCACCACUUUUGCGGACAUAGCAAUGCGACCGCGGUUGUCCCCUCAUUCAUGACCAUUGGGUUCUCUCCGUCUACAUCUGGACUAUGACCUUGCAAUUCCAGGUCUUGGACGACUUCGUGCUGCCGAUUUGCUAACGGCGCACAAGCAUAUAGACAAGCAUGACGACAAAGGAGCAAGAGAAGGCAGCGAGGUAUAUUGCUCAGCUGGAGCAGGCGAGGUGCACCGCGCAGUGGGACCAGAUCCCCGAGUUGACGCGCAAGGUGUUGAAGCAUGCACCCCAGCGCAAAUGCCUAGUUCUCACCGCCCAAACCGAAUCCCAAGUUGCAAAUUACGAACCUUCCAACGAACGACCCUCUACAGCGGGGACAACCGGCUCCGUCACCACGUCCACCCUCGCGAAGCUCAUACCACCCCUCUUAGCCGCAAUCGAAGACGAACAGACGUACGCCGAAGAUGCCUUCCAAGCAACAGUCUGUUUGGGCUGGAUUCACUGGGUCCUACACGAGCCACAACUUGCCAUAGCCCGUCUUCCUAAGGAUAUCGCACACGAAGUCAACAAUGUCACGAAUGGCCUGCCUCCACAGCAAAAGUAUGGGAGUUGGCUCGCAGUAUGCGCGGUCAAAGCAGCGUAUAUCAAAGGCUUCUCACAGGAGAAAACACUGGGUCCGUUGGAGGGGCUGGAGACCUACACAAGCAUGCUUCCCUUUCUUUUGGAGCACCCUUUGACUCUGGGCUCAUAUAAUCCUGAGCUGAGGCUAUGGGCCGAAAGACUACUGAGUCGCAUGGUUGCCGUGGCGAUGAAAUCGAAGCCGCUAGGGGAGUGGAUGGAGUUAGAGAAAAUGCUACAAAUGUUCCAUUUAUGGAUUUCGCUCUUCAAAGUUUCUUCGACAAGUGGCUCAAAGGAUCCGCAUAUCAGAGUCCCACCGUCUAUGAUUGAGUUGGGAUCUGAAGUCGAUUACUCAAGGUGGGAUGUGUGGAUGUCAUACUACGAUACAUUGUCGGAGAUUCUGCUGAGAGGCUACAUUUAUGCACCCACGUAUUCUGAUAAAAAGCCCGACCUGGUUUUUACGCCCGAUGGCAUGGACGAGACUCAAUAUCUGGCUAGCAGACUUCGGCAGCGCUCAGAGCUUAAACAAGUCGAGGCAAGCAUUGAAACGAAGCUCCUAGAAGAAACACGCUUCCCAAAGUCCACAGAACGAAACAGCAGGGUCGAGAGGUGGGUGGAUGCAGUCAUGCAAAACUGGCGCAUAUUAUGUGGCCCAUCAUGGACGGACGACGAACUCGGCGAGGGUGGCAAAGACGCCAUCGCCAGGGGCGUACUCGAUAUCCUGUACCGAGCUGCGACUAAAAGUUUCCACUCAACGCAGAUUCUUCGGUAUCUGUUUAAUGUUCACGCAUAUGUCGCCGAGUUCGACCUCGCUUUCAAAGCCUUUGACACGUAUGUUGAACUUGUGCAGAAGGGCAAGGACCGCGAGGACAAAACAGGAGAGCCGGAUUACAGCCUCGACAAUGAUGACACAACGCUGCACACUGUCUCUUCCGCGAUACGCCUGCUCUGUAGAUAUGGCGACCGCAAGGAUGUCGAGAAGUCAAGAGAUGUGGCCCAGAAAUUGCAGGUCUGGUUGCAAAGGGCAACGGCUGAGGCUGAGGCUCAGGAGAGUGCAGAUCAUACUGCUUCUGUGCCUGUACACGUACCCGUUUCACCGCAGUCUGUGGCAGAGGCAUACACAGCGCUCGGUAUAUGUGAAGCUACGUGGGCGCGGCUGACGUACGACGCGCCUAGUCGAAAUGUACAUCAGCAGAAGGCGGUCGAUCUGUUCAAAACUUCUCUGAAAGUGGCAUUUGGGAAUGAGCCAGAUCUGGAUACAUCAUUUCAACUCGCCCUAGUGCUGGCCGAGACAAGGGAACUUUCUCCAGCGAUCAAGGUCGUCAAGCAAGCAAUGUCCAGGCCUGCGCGUGGCGAUUUUUUGUCACCGCUCACAAACAAUGGCUCGACAAACUCCAUGCAACGUAGCGAGUCGACGAAUUACAUCAGGGAAAGGAAGUUAGUUCCCUUCUGGCACCUGCUCACCCUUCUCCUGACCGCUAAAUCGGAUCUCCCGACUGCGGCACGAACCAGCAACGCCGCAUUUGAGCAAUUUGAGGACUACUCUGUGCUAUUUGGUCCUCAGUCUAACUUUAAAAGCGAACAUCUCCAGGAACUAGAACUCACGGAAAAGGAGGGCGCGUCACGGCCAAAAGGGCUUGUGGAUCGGAUGAACUUGUACGAAAAGGAAGGUAUCAUACAAGUUAAAGUCACCCAAAUUGCACUCAAGGAGGAGUUGCAAAAUGCAACGGACGCAGUUGAGUCCAGCGCAGAGUUGCUGGCGCUGUAUGCCAGGCUGUUUGGCGAUCCAAGGGCUGAGGCGAAGACAACAUCGAAGAUCAAUACGUCGAGGGCGCCAAAGAGUGCAGUAGGGAGCUUAAGACAAUCUGUGUUCAGCAGAAUUGGACGAAGUAGGAGUAGACAUGGUGAAGAGCGCCGGGAAAGCGUUCCAUCUGUGCCUAGUGUGCCUGGUACGAGGCAGCCCUCUAUUGCAACGACGAAUGCGCCGACGAUUCAGGUCACGAAUGAAGACGGCUCGAUGUCACGCAGUCAGAGCAAGUCAGGCUUCGGCAGGAGCAGAUCGCAGCACUCGGUCGCAAGAUCCAAAUCCCAUGCAGGCACGAGCACACCACGUCGAAGCACGAGUCACGGCCGCUUACAGAAACGUAGUGAGAGCCAGAGCCGGAAGUCUGUUGAGUCGAUGCCGAGACAAUCCACCGAGCAGGUUCAAAAUGGUAUGGCAACUAGCGUCGAUUAUCCUGUCGUGGCUGUCAGCAGCAAAAAUAGCCCACCGGUUGGAAGCGAAAACAAGGUAUCAAAUUUCUCUCUACCGAGACCGCCGACCACCAGUGCAGACUCGCCUUCUCCUAUACAAUUCCUGAAGGAUGUGGCAAACAGCUUGGAUCCCAUCUCCGAACCUUUUCCUUCAGGAAAAAGCGACCAAAUCCCGAAACAAAACUUGCGUCCCCCAGUCCCGCAUUCAUCCAUGGUGAAUAUGACUCCCGAGCCUCUGUUUCCGUUCGUGCAGGAGCGACGGCAUAAGAUGUCCUUGCUGGUGGAGUUGUGGCUAUUUAUUGCUGGUCUUUAUACACGAGCAGGGGUGUACGAUGAUGCGAAGGCAGCAGUCGAGGAGGCUGCAGAGCUUGUAGGGGAAAUGGAGGCCGAUUUUCCGAAGGAGGAUUCUGGUGCAAAAACUUUUGCGACGAAAGGCUGGGGUGGAGGAAAGUCGGUGGAAGAGCUAUGGGGAGAUGUUUGGACAGCGAGAGGCAAUUUGUUCGCUGCACAAGAACAACCAUACGAUGCGAUGGCGCAAUUUGAAAAAGCUCUGUCGCAUUUCCCAGACCAUCCAACGGCCAUUGUGGGACUCUCUGAGAUUCUUCUCGACAUUGCCACCUCGAAGAUCCCGCCAGAAGCUCCUGAACCUCCCCUUUUUCCAGACACCUCGUCUGCCACACCGAAGUCAUCGGCAGCAGCACCCCCGACCAAUGCACCUUCUACGUCCCCCGAGGAGCUCAACAGGCUUGCUGCGAGGGACAGGGCCUAUGGUUUGUUGAGCAGCCUGACCAAACUGGGUACGGGCUGGGACUAUAGCGAAGCGUGGUUUGCGCUGGCGAAGUGCUAUGAAAUGAGUGGACAGGUAGAAAAGGCGAAGGAGGUACUGUGGUGGUGUGUGGAAUUGGAGGACACGCGGCCCAUCAGAGCAUGGAGCUGUGUCAAGGCGAUGGGUCAGUAGUGAGGGGCUACUUUGUUCUAGUGCGCAGAAUCUUUACGUGCAACUCGAAUCGAUUUCAUGUUCUUCGCAGAUUUUUAUUUUCCUGCUCUUGGUUUAUCCCAAGUGCUGUUCCGUACACGUCGAAAAGACCACUCCAUCAGGCCCCCCCCUGGCAUCACCGAUUGGACGACCCUCAAGCUCGUGGGCUCGACGACCCUCAUCAUCUUCU